CAAAUAUAAUGCCAAUUUGGUGUAUUUGCUACUCUACGAAAUAUUUUUCGGAAUAAUAUUACUAUACGACGUUAAAUAUUGCAAUCAUAACCUAUUUAUAGCGUGUAAGAUAUCGAUAUAUCGAUGCUCGUUCUAACACAACGUAUCAUGCAGUCGAUAAGAAGUAUAUCCACCAUAGUUUGACGAUGACUUCAAAUCAUGUCAAUUGAGGAAGAAGGGAAUUAUGUAUUGUUGGCAAUCGCACAUUCGCUUCUAUUUCUCACCUAGAUCGCGACCAUCUGUUUACUCUUGAUCCUUUAAUACUUCACUCCGAAUAACGAAGCUUGAGCGUGCCCGCGAAAAAUUUUCUCAAUUUUUUUCUGAUUUUCCCUCCUUUUUUUCUUUCUUUUUUUAUUUUGAUUGAUUUUAUUUAAAAGUAUUCAUCAUGAGAUUAGACAAAAGUUUUAUAAAUGUGAUGAUACUAAGCUGGGGAUUUAUGUUGUUAUUUACCGCAUUUCAGACGUUGGGAAAUAUCGAGAAAACAGUGCUGGAUAGUAUUCACAACGAUGAUCCGAAUUUCACCGGCGAAGCCUACGUCAGCUUAGCUAUAGUCUAUGCGGCGUUUGCCAUAUGCAACUGGCUAGCACCGUCGUACAUCUCGGUAACAGGACCGCGGGUUGCUAUAUUGACCGGCGCUUGCUUCUACGUUCUUUUCCUAGCAUCUUUCCUCUGGCCUCAAACUGUUCUCCUCUAUGCCGGUUCCUGUAUCAUAGGUUUGGGAGCUGCGUUGAUAUGGACCGGACACGGGCAAUACCUAACCGAGAACAGCGACUCGAGUACGAUGUCCAGGAACACCGGAAUAUUUUGGGUGAUAUUUCAGUUCUCUAUAUUCGCCGGCAACAUUUUCGUCUACUACGAGUUCAAGGAACCAAAGAUCGACGCGUCGCAAAGAAAAUUCGUGUUCAGUGUGCUCACCGGAGUGGGGUUUCUCGGCACGUGUUUACUGCUCGCCUUGAGAAAAGUGUCGCACAGCUUGGUCUUAGGGGAGGCGGAAGGUGUUUCCAGCGCUGACAAGGAACUUCGAAUACCAGAGCCUGCGAGGAAGAAACCACUGUUGGCUGCGUGGAACGCUUUGGCCGAUGCGCUCUCUCUUUUCAUUACACCGAGGAUGCUUCUGUUGUCUUUGAUGUUCCUCUACACCGGACUGUUGUUGACGUUCUACUCGGGAGUCUAUUCGUCCAGUAUCGGAUUCACCAAAGCGUUGGGCGAGUUUCGUAAGAGCCUGGUCGGCCUUUCCGGGAUCUUCAUCGGGAUUGGGGAGGUGAUCGGCGGCAUCAUCUUUGGCAUCUGCGGCACCAAGGUGUCCCGCGUCUGCGGCGUGUGGUCGGUGGUGAUCACCGGAUUCUGCGUCAACCUGUUCGCCUUCGUUACCAUUUUCCUGAAUUUGCCGAACGACUCGCCGUUCACCGACACCGACAGUCCAGCGUACAUCACCACGUCGCCGAUUCUGGCGAUGGCCGGGAGCCUCGCUCUUGGCUUCGGAGACGCUUGCUUCAAUACUCAAAUCUACUCGCUGUUGGGCACAAUGUACGUGCAACAGAGCGCAUCAGCAUUCGCGGUGUUCAAGUUCUGCCAAUCGAUCGCGACGGCAAUAAGCUUCGCUUACAGCACCGUCGCUCACCUCUACACGCAGCUUCUCAUUUUGGCGAUAAGCAACGUCAUUGCUACUGUCACCUUCUGUUACGUCGAGCACAAGAUGAGAACAGAGAGAGAGAACAGUCAUUCGGAGAGCGAUCUGACGAACGAUUGAUCUAGAUCCAGGAACCGUAACGUUGCGUUAACGUAAUAUUUCCAUUCGUUAAAUUUUAUUAUUCUUCCGUUGAUAACUCACGUUAUUGAAUUACGUGGUCACGAGAAAAAAAGUUCGAAAGAUUCGCUCGAUAUCGUCAGUACUUCGUUUUCUAUCGAGGUCUUAUAAUUUUAUAAAGUUAAAGAGGAAGUAUUGGCCAUCUUUUGAACCAUCUUCCAAACCAACAGCUUACUCUAUUGGACUUUUUGAAUGAUAUUACGUUCACGCAACUUAUAUGUCUUGUCGCUUGGUUCUUAAUGGCUUAAAUUGAGAAAAGACACGAUCGUUGAAACAUAAUGCUCAAGAAAAUGAAUUGAUUUUAUCGUGCAAGGAGUAAUGGAAAUGAUACAUUAUUUUGAUAAAGUAAAUAGAUAAGAUGAUUUUGUUAUAUGUAUAUAUGUAUAUUAGGUUAAAGAGCGUGAAACAUUGUUUCGUUGAACGUGGCAUGUCAAUGCUACGCGCGUUUGAUAUGCAUUAACUUGAUAUGCUAACACUAACUCAUUCGCUACUAUUGAUUCAUAGAUUGCAACGUCUCGAUAUGUCGACUUGUAUAGUAUUUUUUGUCUAUUUUUGAUUUUUUUUAGUGAACGGCUUGAAAAGAUCAAAAAUAGCAAUAAUGUAUUAGCCAAUGUUAUUGCUGAAAAUAAAUUUCUAACGAAGGCAAUUAUAUUUCUGUAGCAGCGGCUGUGUUGGACAAAAAUGAACAAGGCAUGUGUAUUGUCAAAUCAUAUAAUUCCAGUGUUUCAGUACUAUUUUAAAAGACUGCGUUUUUAUUAAUUAUUGUAAUGGUUAUCAACUAAGAAAUUUUAAAACACGAGAUGGAUUAUAUAUUUUUAUUUUAUAUAUACAGUAUAUAUAAAUAUAUUUCGUUACUACUGUGGAAUAGUAAUGAUGUUAAAUCUCAUAAAAUAAUUGUAAAUAAUUCCAUUAGAUUCAGGAAGUUCGUGUAAUAUUUUUGAGAAAGCCUCGAACUAUCUCUCCUCUUAAUCUCAUCUGCUUUUUAUCUACGUGUGUAAAGUUAAAUGUUCGUAUAAAGCUUGUUUUACAAAUGAAUGAUGAAUUAUAUCACGAUGAUCAAGGAUCAUAAAACUAGAUAAAGCAUCAAAACAAGAAUUUGCUUUGCGUGGAAAAUUAAGUUACAGGAAACAUGAAACCAUCUCCGGUGUCAAUGCAAUAUCUUUCGUAAACUGUUCGCAGAAUGAUUUUUGCUGUUGCAAGAUAUAGUUAACGUUAUAAAAUUAGAAUUGUACAAAACAUUUUGAGUACUUGAAAGUUUUAUCACUUAUCUGCAUACAGGUCGUGUGAUCAAAGAAAGAAAGUAAUUAAAAAAAACAGACCUUUGUUCUUUCAUCUAAAGACAAAGAUCUCUCUGUGACAAUUUUUACUAGCACAUACAAUUUAUAGCUGGUCUAAAACUGAUUAAACUUUUAUCUGAAAUAUCCCUUUUGAUUGCAUUAUCGGUUACAAGUCCUUGAAAUCCGUGUGAAUUUCCAAUGGCGUCAAUGCUCUCUAUAAUGAUCUUAGAGCUUUGCAAGAUUAGAAGAAAUAUUUCGUUUGAACGAAGAUUAAAAAUUACUAUUUUUUAAAUAUGUUUUACUUCGGUUAAUUGAAGUUAGAAUAACAAUAAUUUCGUUGUAAAGAAAUUAGAAUUGUGAAAUUUUUGUGGUAAAAGAUGUAUUUAGAUAUUGUUGAGCGCUGAAGUGAAAGUAGCUAUAAUUAAAUAUUUAAAUAUUUAAAAAGAAAAUUUAACGAUAAAGAGAGAGAAAAAGGGAGAGAGAGAGGAACUGUUUCCAUUUAAACAAAUAGCACAAACUUCCAUUGAUGUGAAUGUUUUGUAAUUUGUAUUUGUAGAAUAUACAUAUGUAUAUGAAUUGAUACACGAUAUUUAGUUCUCGUUUUGAAAAAUGGUGAGACUGUAAUGUGAACCUAAUUCUCGACAAUUGCGCUAGCCAAACAAUUUUCUAUCGUAUUUUAAAAAACUUUGAAGCAAUGAUAUUUUUUAGCGUAUAUUUUACGGCAAUAAAUAUGAAAAAUA